GUGAUCUACUGCCGUUCACGUUGAUAUCCUCCCGUCACAAAGCAAAGUAAACAGUGAAUGACCACCGCGGGAGACCCGGACAAGCCUCGACACCCUGCUACUACACUACCCACAGCGCUGUGCGUCGGCACACACAGCCAUGUUGUAGGAGGAAAUCCUCUUGAGGUGGAUUAUUGUAAUCCGACAGUUGAAGAGAAGUCUGGACGACGCGUCGGAUCACGACCAGAUCCCGAAGCUCCCCCGCCUCCCCUCACCGCACGGCCUGCUGCUGCACCAGAUGCUCCCCGUCCGCAGAACCCGAGCGAUGAGACCAGCACACGAUCUGACGCCCGUUGUGAGGACCUGAAGGGAGUCAGUCGUUUCCUGGACGAGUCGAUUCAUCCUCCGAGAUAACCUGACAGCACUUCUUCUUCUCUCUGCCAUCCCUGCAUCUUUAGAGACACCCACAACACCCCGAGAGAAGACCCCCUAAGAAGACAAAAUACAGCUUUUCAUCUGGCAGCUGAACGAGACCCACCCGGUUCCCCUUCCCCCCUUAGGUUAGGGUUUAGACUGCGAUCCGGACCCGGACUGUGCUGUGUUCUCAGGUCUGCUGGGUCCUGUCGCAGGAGGAUCCCGAGGUGCUAACACACGGCUAGCUAGCACGGCUAGGCUAGCGAGCUAGCUAGCUCAUAAGGGAUAUCUGGUCCAGUUAGGGACCCGUGUUCAGGUGUGUGUGUGUGUGUGUGUGUGUUUAUCCAGAAGAGAGGAAGAUGUCGACGAAAGAGCAAAACAAACUGUCCACGGUGGAGAGACCCAUCAAAGCGGUGCCGUACCCCCCGGGGACGGCCCUGACGGUCGGCGACCUGUACGUGGACGGGAAGCCCAGCGUGGAGGUGCUGAAGGGCCAUCUGGUGAAGGAGGGGCGGCUGGAGGAGGAGGCGGCGCUCCGCAUCAUCAACGACGGCGCCAGCAUCCUGCGGCAGGAGACCUGCAUGCUGGAGGUGGAAGCCCCCAUCACAGUGUGUGGCGACGUCCACGGGCAGUUCUUCGACCUCAUGAAGCUGUUUGAGGUGGGCGGCUCCCCCAGCAGCACCCGGUACCUCUUCCUGGGGGACUACGUAGACCGGGGCUACUUCAGCAUCGAGUGUGUCCUCUUCCUAUGGACCCUGAAGAUCAACCACCCCAACACCCUGUUCCUGCUGCGGGGGAACCAUGAGUGCAGACACCUCACAGAGUACUUCACCUUCAAACAGGAAUGUAAAAUAAAGUACUCUGAGCGAGUGUACGAUGCCUGCAUGGAGGCCUUCGACUGCCUGCCCCUGGCCGCCCUUCUGAACCAGCAGUUCCUCUGCGUCCACGGGGGUCUCAGCCCCGAGAUCACCUGUCUGGAUGACAUACGCAAGCUGGACCGCUUCAAAGAGCCGCCGGCGUUCGGGCCCAUGUGUGACCUGCUGUGGUCGGACCCCGGGGAGGACUACGGCUCGGAGAAGACCCAGGAGCACUUCUGCCACAACAGCGUCCGGGGGUGCUCCUACUUCUACAGUUACCCUGCAGUAUGUGACUUCCUGAUGAACAAUAAUCUGUUGUCAGUAAUACGAGCUCACGAGGCGCAAGAUGCUGGGUACCGAAUGUACAGAAAAAGUCAAACAACAGGCUUCCCAUCUUUAAUCACCAUCUUCUCUGCGCCUAACUACCUGGACGUAUACAACAACAAAGCGGCGGUGCUGAAGUAUGAGAACAACGUGAUGAACAUCCGCCAGUUCAACUGCUCUCCUCAUCCAUACUGGCUGCCCAACUUCAUGGACGUCUUCACCUGGUCCCUGCCCUUCGUAGGGGAGAAAGUGACGGAGAUGCUGGUCAACGUGUUGAACAUCUGCUCCGAUGACGAGCUCAUGUCGGAGGGUGACGAUACAUGCGAGGGUGGAACCCCCGCAGUGAGGAAGGAGGUGAUCCGGAAUAAGAUCAGGGCCAUCGGGAAGAUGGCUCGCGUCUUCUCUGUGCUGAGAGAGGAGAACGAGAGUGUGUUACAGCUGAAGGGGCUGACCCCCACCGGGACGUUACCUAUUGGCGUGUUGUCCGGAGGCCGCCAGACCUUGCAGAACGCCACCGUAGAGGCCGAGGAAGCCAGAGCAGUCCAGGGCCCGCAGCACAAGAUCCAGAGCUUCGACGAGGCGCGUGGCCUGGACCGCAUCAACGAGCGCAUGCCCCCGCGCCGCGACAGCAAGAUGAGCGAGGCCAGCCCCUCCCUAAACAACCUGCCCGCCAGCCCCGGACCCCCCCCGGACAAGAACGGCACCAGCGCCCAGGCCUAGAGCUGAGGCCCCCCCUUUCCCCCCCACGGUUUACCAAUGCUCUCCACGGAUCUUCUUUCCUCGCUUCCUUGCUCUCCUUCCUUCCUUGCUUCCUUCCUUGCUUCCUUGCUUCCUUGCUGC